AAGGCCGAAGCCAAGCAACGUGUCGACUGGAAAAGCUAACAGCUAAGCUAUAUAAAAGACCCGCGUAGCGAACUGGAUCUUCUCAGCUAGGGUUUCAGAAUCAGGGAACUGAAAACUGAUGAGUGCUAAGAAACUGAAGAUUGUCGAAUUGGGCGUUUACGAUUUAUAGCAUUUGGUCAUCUUGUUUCAGGUUUUGAUUAAGUAAAUUGAUAUUAGUCAUCAGUUGAAGUUUAGAGAUCGGCAGAGAUUGAUGGCAUCAACUGAUAUCUCAGCCUAUAAAGAUACCUAUGGUUAUUUGCAUCAACAAGCUGUUAUUAUUGGAGGAAUCUUUGCAACUGUAGCAGUAGGGCUCUCUAUUUUCCUCAUUUGCCAGCAUCUCAGAUCAUACACCAAUCCUGCGGAACAAAAAUGGAUCGUCGCAAUUAUUUUCAUGGUUCCUGUGUAUGCCACCGAGUCAAUUAUUGCAUUGUGGAAUUCUCGACUGUCUCUUAUGUGUGACACACUAAGAAAUUGCUAUGAAGCAUUUGCCUUGUAUGCGUUUGGGAGCUAUUUGGUUGCUUGUCUGGGUGGGGAAAAGAGAGUCAUAGAGUUUCUUGAAAAUGAAAAACAAAAAUGGCUCAACCAGCCUUUGCUAGAAGGAUCACAUGAGAAUCAAGGUCUACAUCAAAGAUCCUUUAUCAACUUUUUCUGCCGGCCAUAUGUUAUUGGAAGCGAUGUUUUAACAAUAGAAAAAUUCGGUCUAGUACAAUAUAUGAUUCUCAAGACUUUGUGUGCAUUCUUGGCAUUCUUGUUGGAGCUAUUCGGUGUUUAUGGUGAUGGAGAAUUCAAGUGGUACUAUGGAUAUCCAUACAUAACAAUAGUACUGAACUUCAGUCAAAUGUGGGCAUUAUAUUGUCUUGUGCAGUUCUAUAGCGUAAUGCAUGAAAGGCUUUAUCCAAUAAAGCCACUUGCAAAAUUCGUAAGCUUUAAGGCGAUUGUGUUUGCUACCUGGUGGCAAGGUGUGGGCAUUGCUUUGCUGUGUUCUUUUGGAGUUCUGCCUAAUGAGGGAAGAUUUCAGACAGGGUUGCAAGAUUUUUUGAUUUGUAUAGAAAUGGCCAUUGCAGCUGUUGCCCAUGUGUUUGUGUUUUCAGCAGAACCCUACCAUUUUGUUCCAGCUUCUGAUCCAGGAAGGAUCACUACUAGAACAACCAAAGAAGAACUGAAGUUGGAGGAAGAUGAUGAGGCGAAUCGAGCUAUGCUUGAAAAGAAAGAAACUCGGGAGGCUUCUGGAACAAGCGUGACUGAGAGUGUUCAGGACAUUUUUCUUAAAUAAUCUAACUUGAAUGUGGGAGAUUUCAAUUUCUAUGGAUUUAUACUCGUUUUUAUACUUUUGGAAACAGGUUGUCAAAGAUGUUGUGUUGACGAUAAAUCAAGCAAUAGGACCUGUAGAGAAGGGUGUGACGAAGAUCCAGGAGACCUUUCACCGGAGAUCAGGAUGUUCAGAAGAUGAAGAAGAUUCAAAGUGAAAAGUGGAAGAACAGGUAGAAGAAAAUUUUCCUGAAAAGAAAGUCAUGUCCUGAAGGACGUGAAAGAAGUGGGGAAACAACUGAAAGAAACUAAAAAGAAAAGAAUGGUUAACUGUAAAGGCAUAUAGAAACGCAAUUAGAGAGGACCACAACUGACAUCGUUAUAGAGGUGCAAGAUUUGGAGAUCAAUCUUUCUUAUACAACUUUCAUUGCAUGAGCCAUUAUUAACUCGCUCUUUCCAUCUCGCAAUUGUUAAUAUGAUAAUAUGGCAUAGGUAUAAACUAUCGCGGAAGGGUAUGAGAUGCAUGAGCAGAGGAAUGAUUUGGUUAGUAAAAAUAUUUGAGGCGAGUUUCUAGUUUCCUUCACCUUCACAACAACAACAACAAAGUUGUGAACAGCACUCCAAGCAGCCAAAACAUGCAAGAGCGGUGCAGAGCUGUGUUAAUGCUAUUGCACAUUGGUCGUUCAUCUUGGAGCAACACUGGAUGCAGCACAUACAACAGCAUUUACUAAACAUCCGUCCGCAACAAUUUGAAGCUGCCUUAAUGAGUUCAGCUGCCUCAGACAACUUUGUUUCAACUCCAUGAGGAAUGUUUUCUGCAGUUGCAGUCACAUUGCCAAAGCCAACACUAAGGUUUUGUAGCAAUAUUCUUCUCCGGCCUUGAGAAUCAGUCUUUGGAGAAUCAGUCUUGUGUGGUAGCUAUUUACAACAAUUUUAAAAGAAGUCAGAAGUGUUGUCGUAUAUCGGUUGCGAUUUAUAAGGAACUUCCUGCAAUUUGUAUCAGAGUAAUGCAGAAAAUAUAUUUGCAAGGGCCGGCACUUACCAUGUGCGCUCUAGGUGAUUCAUUGGCUUGGUUUCCUCUCUGACUCUCAAGAAAUGCCAGACGAGUAUAUUCGGAAACGAUACCUGUAUUUAUGCUCAUUUUGGCGACCUAUAAGCACGAGGAAAUAACAUCAGCAGCUUCCCGAAUAUAAGAUAUGUAAACUUAUAACCAUGAUAUGAUCAGCAGUGUUUUGAACAAAUUAGCAAAGCAGAACGAUAAAUGUUAAGCCUUCACAGGAGCUGGAUAAAGAAUUCUAAAACAUCAAAUGAAGCUUAUAAUUGAUCAGGAUCACCAA